UUCCCCGCUUACUCACUUUCCUCUUUUGUUGCAGAUGAGCAGAAGUGCGCCUCCGCCAUAGCCAGCCCCACCUUGUACCACCACAGUUGCUUGUAGGCGCUGGUGGAUGCGUUGCUCCCCGUUUCCGUCUCCAUGGCGCAGCAGCAGGUCGGCCCUCCUGGCGCAGGCCGUGGCCGCGGCAUGACCCUCCCCGCUUGGAUGACAGGUGGUCCGCCCUCUCCAGGAAUGCCACCAGGCGCAGGUCCACCACAGAGUCACCUUCAAACCAAUCCAGGAGCCGUCGGAGCAAUGCCUCCAAGGAUGAUGGGAAUGGGUCCUUCCGGACCGUCCCCCAACUUCCAGAGUGCACCUCAAAUGCAGUAUCGGCCUGGAUGCCCUCCGCAGCAGGGGCAGCAGUUCAUGGGUCCUGGUGGUCAGCAGUACCGACCUGGCGUGGGUAUGGGACCUCCACAACAGUUAGGCAUGCCUCCUAACAUGCAAGGAAUGAACCCCCAACAACCACAACAAUUUCCUGCUCGGCCACCACCACAGCAACCUCAGGGACAACCAUCUUCACAAGGCUCAGGGAUGCCAUUUGGGGUGCAGCAGAGACCCAUGACGUCCACGCUUCAACCUCCUCAGGCUCAGCAACAGCAGCCAUCAUCCCACCAGCAGCAGCAACAGCAAUCUGUGCCGCUACCUCCCGUUCCAGGCAAUCAUACAUUGCAACCAGCAUCUUCUUAUCCUUUCUCGUCUGCAUCUUCCUUUUCUCAGCCUCCAGUAUCAUAUGGCCUAGCUCCCCCAUAUCAAGUUCCUACUCAGCUGCAAAACCAGCAGCUUCAGCCUGUCAGCCAACCCUGGUCUGGGGUUGGAGGACAAACUAACGCUCAGUCUGUUUCACUGCAACCAGUCCAACCCCCGCUAGUAUCUGGGAUUUCGAUUGCUGCCGCUUCAUCCGGUGCUGCAGAUUGGCAAGAACAUGUAGCUCCUGAUGGUCGUAGAUACUACUACAACAGAAGAACAAAGCAAUCUAGUUGGGAAAAGCCUACUGAGCUAAUGACUCCAACUGAGCGUGCAGACGCGUCAACUCCUUGGAAAGAAUUUACAACAGCUGAUGGUAGAAAGUACUACUAUAAUAAGGUCACCAAGCAGUCAAAGUGGACAAUGCCAGACGAGAUGAAGCUUGCUCGUGAGCAAGCAGAAAAAGCUGCAGGAUUACCCGUGUCCCAGCCAGCCGUGCUUACUUCCUCCACAUCAUUGAAACAACCAGCUUCUACAGGUGUGCAUUCUUCUCAGACAACAAAUUCAACUGGAGCUGCAACUUCCUCAACCCCUACUCUUAUGGGUGCCGCUACAACAGCAAAUUCGAAGUUGCAGGUGGUGAGUGAUGUAAAGAAAGAGCUGGAGGAAGAGGUUGCGGACGGAACUUCUGCUCAAGAGCUUGAGGAGGCCAAGAAGGUGAUGGUAGUUACCAGCAAAGUUAACAUCUCCCCUGUCCCAGAGGAGAAACCUACACUUGUUUCUGAGGAACCACAAACCUAUGCCAGCAAGACUGAGGCUAAGAAUGCAUUUAAGGAGCUACUGGAGUCUGUCCAUAUUGAGGCAGACUGCACAUGGGAACAGGCUAUGCGAGUUAUUAUCAACGAUAAAAGAUAUGGUGCUCUGAAAACUCUGGGAGAGCGCAAGCAGGCCUUUAAUGAGUAUCUUGCUCAUCGGAAAAAACAAGAGAGUGAAGAGAAACGCGUGAAGCAAAAAGUUGCAAGGGAACAAUUUCUUACUAUGUUGGAGGAAUGUAAGGACUUAACAUCAUCCAUGCGGUGGAGCAAAGCUCUUUCGAUGUUUGAAGAUGAUCCGCGGUUUCUAGCAGUUGAAAAGGACCGAGAACGAGAGGAGCUUUUUGAAGAUUACAUGAUAGAUUUGGAGCGUAAGGAGCGAGAGAAGGCUCGGGAAGAGAGAAAGAAGCAUAUAUCCGAGUACAGAAGCUUCUUGGAAAGCUGUGACUUUAUAAAGGCAAACACACAAUGGAGAAAGGUACAAGAUCGGCUUGAGGACGACGAGCGCUGUUCUCGUUUGGACAAAUUGGAUCGGUUGGAGGUUUUUCAGGAGUACAUCCGAGAACUUGAGAAGGAAGAAGAGGAAGAAAAGAGAAAGCAAAAGGAGCAACUGCGCCGCAAAGAGCGAAAACAUCGUGAUGAGUUCAGAAAGUUGAUGGAUGAGCAUAAGGCAGCUGGCAUUCUUACUGCAAAGACUGCGUGGCGAGAUUACUUGAUGAAGGUGAAGGACAAUAGUGCUUAUCAAGCUGUAGCCUCGAAUACUUCUGGCACUACUCCUAAAGAGUUGUUCGAGGAUGUCAUUGAAGAGCUUGUCAAGCAGUAUCAUGAGGACAAGGCGCGGGCAAAGGACGUCAUGAAAGCCGGCAAGAUAAGCGUCGGAGCUACAUGGACUUUCGACAAAUUCAAGGCUGCAUAUGCUGAAGCAGGUGACUUGGCGGCGAUAGCUGAACCAAACCUUAAGCUUGUCUUUGAAGAUUAUGUAGAAAGAGCGAAAGAAAAAGAGGAGAAGGAAGCUAAGAAACGCCGUAGGAUGGCAGAUGACUUCACAAAUUUGUUGCGGUCUACGAAGGCUGUGACUUCAUCAUCAAAAUGGGAAGAUGUCAAGCUUCUCAUAGAAGUUUCUCAAGAGUACAGGGCUCUAUCGGAUGAUGGUCAUCGGAAGAAAUUAUUUGAGGAGUAUGUGUUACACUUGGCACAUAAAGCAAAGGAGAAGGAAAAGAAGCGAGAGAAAGAUAAGGAUAAGGACAAGGACAAGGACAAGGAGAAAGACAAGGACAAAGAUAAGGAUAGAGAGAGGAGAAAAGAGAAAGAGAAAGAGAAGGAUAAGGAAAAGGAGAAGUCUAGACAUGAAAAGUCCAUCUUACAUGUCGAUGAAAUGGAAGGAGUGACAAAUCACUCUCAUAAGGAUGAGGGAAAAAAGGAUAAGGAUCGUGAUAAGGAAAAGGAACGUGAGAAGAAACACAGAAAAAGAUAUCGUAGUGGGAGUAGUGAAGAGGUAGCGACUGAUAAGGAUCGAGAUGAGAGAGAUAGUUCCAGGAAAUCGCGUCGGCAUGGCAGUGACCAUAAAAAAUCCUCAAGAAAGCAUGAAUCAGAUUCCGAGGGAGAUUCAAAGCAAAAGCGGCACAGGCGGGAUGGUGGGAGGAGGAACGGAGGACCUGACGAGUUGGAGGAUGGAGAACUUGGCGAGGAUGGCGAGAUUCAAUAGACCCUACGUCAGUAUGAUUGUGUAUUCUCUUGAGCCCCUGCUUUAGAUCUGCUGGUUAACCACCAUUUGGUGGUCGAAGAGAGGCUGUAAUGAACUGUUGCUUGCUCCCCCUGUUUUCCCUUUUUGCUUGGGAGUUCAAUGUUUUGCAACAUUUCUCAAUGUUUUCAUGUACGGCUUGAGCUCAUUUAAAUCUGAAGUUCUACCUUACUUUGCAUGAGAACAUGGUGUUCAAUGCCUUGACUGUUGAUGUAGAUAAAUACAGUUAUUCUAUUUAAGUUAGAAGUUGAAAGCUUUUUAGAACAUCUUGUGUCUCGCACACGUUGAACAAACGCUUAUAUUGAUUAAUGACGUGUCAAAAUUGUUGGUCUGCCUAUCUCUAUGUUGCUGUGAGUUUUAAAAGUGGUCACUCGUGAUGACCCUUCGUAGAGAACGGAAGCAUGUGUAGCUUAUGAGUGUUCAGUGUCUUCUUAUCUGUACAUUGCACAUGGUGCUGUAAUUCUGGAUAUUUAUUGAUAUUAUUAGCUAUCUUAGCUGCUAGUUUUCUGAGUUUCUUGGUGCGAGUUCCAUACCUUUACAUCUUUAUGUUUGAUAUUUAUCAUCUUAUGAUUAUAGUUACUGGUUUUGCUUGUGUAUGUCCAGAAUUCAGCCUUGCAGAGGUGAGUUGAAUUUGUCUAUUCUCAUUGUCUUGUAUUGGCAGAGGAAUAUGAGAACUUUUUUUGUUAUUUCCGAAUUAUUCAAUCUGUGAAUGUCAAUACGCAGGGUGUAGAUCGUAUCUCUUGGUGGUUGUAGCGAAGAACUCCUAGGUGGUUACAAAAAAUUGUUGUAUAUCAUUGUUUUGUGGAGGCUUAUCUCCAUGCAUUUAUUCUAGUAAGCGUCCUCUUGUCCCUAGUUUUACUUGCUACUUGUGUUUGGAAGAACAGAAGCCUGAUUUCGGUUCAAGUCCGAUGGAGCUUGAUGGUGUAUAAUGGUGCGAGUUGACGUCAGACAAUCAUUCUUAACGUUAGCUUCACCUUUACAGGAGGCAAGCUCCCUUGAUGGGUUUAACAUUUGGAUUGCUCUUUGUGUUACCGUUCAAUUGAUAAUCUGUAUUCGCGUACUGCUUUCAUGUGAUAGUGUACUUUCGGUCAUUUUAUUUUCAUAUUGUGAAGUGUGAUAUUUUAUCCGUAGGUUGUAAAUAAUUGAUUUGUAUUGUCUCUUCAAACUAUGACGUUUAUGUCUCAGAUGUUCUUUGGUGAUAAUUUAGUACCUUCUAGCUGAGAUUUGAUUUCAAGUUCGUCAUUUUUACUACAGAAAAAUAAUAUUUGUUUCUUUGCAUGCAUAUGUUGAUGUUACAGAAAUGAAAAUUGAACUAACAUCAUGCAGGUGUCUCACGAAUUUUGAGAGAGUGUAUCUUAAUCAUCGUGUCACAGGAGCAAUAGUGGGGAAUUAUAUAGCAGUGAGGAAUCUAGUGCUAUGUGUUAUUAUUGUAAGAUUGGAGCCUAAGUAGCUUGUCAACAUUGUGAUGUUGACUGGUUUUAUCA